UCGGUGACACACACACCGCCCAACCAUGCGAUGAAUAAAGCCACCUUCCUUCUCUCUCUCUCUCUCUCUCUCUCUCUCUCUCUCUCUCUCGUUUAAGCUUUUUAAAGGGAGCAGCUCUCUCGCUCCUCACUUCUCUUGUAUAAAAUGAUCACAGAUGUUCAGUUCGGCCACCAACACUGCGAAGUCCAUGGUGUAAUUUCGAGCAUAGGCGGUCCAUAUUCCGGCCUCAACUUAACCGGCAUCGUAAGACCCUCACCAAUCGCUCGCAAUGUUGAACUAGAAGAGCCAUAUCCUCUCCCUUUAGGCUGGCAAAAGUUCCUUGAUCUCAAGACAGGAGAGAUUUAUUACACAAAGGCUAGAGAGGAUAUGAGUUGCCGUGCCGCCGGCAGUGGAGCCGAACUUGACUUGAAGCUCAACCUUUCCCCUCCAAUGGUAAACCCUAUCAUGGAGUCUUCAACUGAGUCCUUAACCGUGUCGCCGUCUUCAAGCUCGUGCCUGUCGCUGGAGGUGAGCUCGGACGAGUUUUCAUCACUCGCCUGCUCUAGCGAUAACAGCCCAGCAGUCAUGCCGAUGAUGCUAGUCGGGUGUCAGCGGUGCCUCAUGUACGUGAUGAUCUCAGAGGAAGGAUACAUCGAAUGCCCCAAGUGCAAGAGCACUGUUUUGCUCGAUAUCUUGCAUGGUAAACCAAAGGUUCUGGAUUACCCCAAGUUCGAUAAAAAGGCAUCUUGAAGGUUCACAUGACGCUAAGGAGAGAAAAGAAGAAGCAAAAUCAUACAAAAACACGUCUUGAAUGACGUUCUUAGUUACUUCUUAGUAGGAGUAUGAAUGGUCUUCAUACUAUCUUCUAUGUUCUCUCUCUUCCCUUUGGAUAAACGGUACACCCUGGGAUCGAUUGAUAAAAAACAGAGAGCAAAUGGGAGUAUGCUUCCUCUGAAUAAAACCAUAUUUUAUAUAUAUUUUCUUAUUUUUCUUCUGUUCUUUUGGGAUUAUCAUAAGAUUGAUCAUAAGGCUAAA